AUGAGUUCGGAGCCAUUCACGCUCAGGUGGGGUAUCUUGGCCUUCACAAAAGACCUCCUCAUUGACCCUCAAACCCGCGAUGCAUCGGAUAUCCGCCAUAUCGUCGCAGCAGCAGCAUCUUCCACAUCUGCAUCCCGCGCCACCGAGUUUCUCAAAUCCGUCGGCGCAUCCCCCGCCGCACGCGCCUACGGCUCCUACACCGACCUCGCCUCCGACCCAGACAUCGACAUCAUCUACAUCGCCACACCCCACUCCCACCACUACCACCACGCCCGCCUCUGUCUCAACGCCGGAAAACAUGUGCUCGUUGAGAAACCCAUCACCGUCAACGCAGCUCAAUGCCAGGAACUGAGGAAACUGGCGAGGGAAAAGGGCAGGUUCAUGAUGGAAGCCGUAUGGACGCGUUUCUUCCCUCUUUCGCGCGAAGUCUGUUCCAUCAUAAAAGAUGGGAAGUUGGGCGAUAUAAAGCGUGUUUUCGCUGACUUUAGUUUCUGGAAUGAUGUGGAAAAGGAGUUUGGGUCGCAGCAUAGGAUGGUGAAUCCUGAUCUCGCGGGCGGCGCGUUGUUGGAUUUGGGGAUUUAUAGUUUGACGUGGGUGGUUAUGGCGCUGUGGCACUGUCAACCGGAGGACAAGAGACAAGAGCCCGUUGUGAGUUCGGCGGUUAGUAAGUAUGAGACGGGCGUUGAUGAGACGACGACUGUGCUUUGUCAUUUUCCGUGGUCGGGGGCGCAGGGCGUGGCGGGGACGAGUAUUGUUGUUGCUACGACGCCCAACGCAUCACACCCUAACCCCGGCGGCGACGCAGUAAGGAUCCAAGGUACCCUCGGCGACUUGACAAUCGACUACGCGCCGAGACCGCGCACAUACACGUUAACACCCGCUGCCAACGACAAACGAGGGAAACUCGCGGACUUUGAGUACGAAGUCGUUGACAAAUACAAGAGCAUUCCCGGGGGUGGGCAUGGCAUGUUCUGGGAAGCAGACGAGUGCGCGCGGUGUAUCCGGGAUGGCAAGAUGGAGAGUGAGGUCAUGGGGUUGGAGGAGACGGAGGUGGUUAUGCGGGUUAUGGAUCAGGUUAGGAGGCAGGGGGGUGUGGUGUAUCCGGGUGUGAUUGAGAGUACGGAGGCGGGUUUAGAGGGGUUUGGGGUGUAA